AUGGCGUUGGAUCCGCUGGCAUCGUCUGCCCGUCUCUCGGGCGGCAGGGGCUACGUGGUGACCGUCACGUUCAAGGUGUACGACAUGACCGUCUCCCGGCCGCCCACGGGCCUGGGCCUCUACCUCAACCAGGCCCGUCUGGAGGGGAACCUCUGCGACGUGAAGCUCGUGCUCGACGGCGGCCUUGAGCUGGACGCGCACCGCACGGUGCUGGCCGCCCGCAGCCCGGUCCUCAACAAGAUGCUGACGGGGGACUUCAAGGAGGCCCGCGAGUCCCGCGUCCGACUGCACCUGGACCACACGCCCACGGCGGCGUGCCAGACGGCCAUCGCCAAGUUUGUGGAAUACGUGUACACGGACGAGAUUGCGGACUGGGAGAACUGCGAGCUGGAGCUGCUGAAGCUGGCCGACAUGUACAUGGUGCCCGAGCUGCGGCUAGACACGGAGCUGCGGCUGUGGAGCUGCGACGCCCUGCGCGCCCUGGAGGUGCUGCACGCCGCCGGGCUCGGCGACUUCAUCGGCAGGAAGCUGCGCCGCCGGCUCACGGCCAUCGUCGUGCACAACAUCGCGGACCUGACCCGGGACCUGGCCGGCUCCGUGCUGUGGAACGAGUUUGAAAAGACCUACCCCGCGCUCGUGGACAGCAUGUUCUCCUACGCAGCUAAACCGUCGGAUGGAGGGUUUCAAUUACUUAUUUGUAAAGAGUUGAAGGCUUUCAUCUCACCAAAAUUCUUUGCAUUUUGGCAGAAUGGCAACAAUAAUGGUAACCAGCCAU